AUGACAUCCGCCCCACCCUCAUCUGCCGCGACACUAGCGUCCAAAUCAACCCCAAGCAUCUCCGCCUCAGACGCAGUGCUGCAUAUCGAGAGCGCCACGACGAUCGCCGCCCCCUGCCAAGAUGUCUGGGAUGUCCUAACUGAUACCUCCACCUGGCCCUCGUGGAAUACAUUUGUUCCACGAGUCACCAUUCGCGAACAGCCGGGCUCCGACUCUCAAUCUACUGAUGGUCUUUCCCCGAAGCUCCAGAUGGGAACAAAAAUGACCUUCCAUGUCCAUAUGGAUCCAUCGUCGGCCAGCGAGCAAGAUGUGGGCCUCGUCGUGGCUGAGUUUGAGCCCCCAAGUGCCAACCCCCCUAAGCCUGGCCGCAUUGUCUGGGUUGCGGAUCUAACGGCCAAGGGGAGCAUGCCGGCGUUCCUUUUGACGGCGGAGAGGGUUCAUGAGCUCGAGGAGUAUGAUGUCCAGGAAGAAGGCGGGCAGACGAAGCGUGUCACCGAGGUGCGGAAUUGGGAGGCGCAGGUUGGGUAUCUUGUGUAUGUGGUUCGGUGGAUGUUUGGGGCACAGUUGAAAAAGAACUUUGAGACGUGGGUACAGGAUCUGAAACAGUAUGUUGAAGGACAGAAAACGGACAAUUAG